AUGUCUUAUGAAUAUCCUUCAACUCCCGAUGCUGCUGCUGCGUCGCCUUCUGAGUUUUUUGUGGGAGGAAUCAACCGAGAUAGCUCAGAAGAUCGUAUGGAGCUUCCAUCUCCCCUUGAGUGUUCACUAAAAUUGAAAAUCCCAGGAUCUGUUCCAACCUUGAUGAACAUGCUUGACUGCCAGAUCCUCCCUCUGGGCUUUCAAUACAGAAUUAUAGGUUGGGAUCCUGAAGAACAGACAACAGUUUUUCUUCCGCUAAACAAGGAUGGAAGAGAAUUCGUUGUGCUUCUCAACUACUCUUACCUUUUACUGGCAUUAACAAGUGCUGAAAUGAGGUGGAAGUUGGUUAUGGACGUCCCAAAUACAUCAUGCACGGAGUUAGUCACUUUUCGAGGCAGAUUUUAUGCAGCCUUUCUUCACGGGGAGGUUUGCGUUAUCGAUCCUUGUUCGCUGGAAGCGGCUAGCCUGAUGCCGUCUGAGCCUCUGUGCUCAAGCAAUUAUCUGAUUCCAUCUGGCAAUGAUGAACUUUUUUUGGUUGAGGUUAUCGUUCCUAUGGGAUUAACUUUCAAUCGGUUCAAAUGUAGAGUGAGUAGGCUAGAUGAGAAAGCUGGAAAAUGGGUUGUGGUCAGAGAUUUGGGAGACCGUGUAUUCUUUAUUGGUGGACAGUUUGGAAAUGUCUGCUGCUCGUCUAAGGAGCUUCCUGAUGGUUGUGGUGUGAGUGGAAACUCAAUUUUGUUCACCUUUGGGCCACGCAAUGUAACUUGCACCUAUAAAUAUGGAGUACAUACAGGAAACGAGGAAGACGACCUCAACUGGUGGAGAUGCGUAAGUGAGAAUCGUGUGACGAUCUUCUACAUUAAGCCAGAAAAUCUCACUUUGGAUACCGAAGACAUCUGAUGAUUUUUGAUUUCUGGAAUAGCAGCUAUCAGCAAAACAUGGCACCGAAAAAGAAGACACCAACCAUGGUUUGGCUAGAGGAAUCGGGGAAAUCCUGAAGCAAAUCCGAGAAAAUGUAACAUGGCAAAACCUGCAAAGGACAAGAACAAAUCGCUACUGGACUGCUCUCCUCUCCUCGAAGAGCUCCCGCAAAGUCCUGAUUGUAUGUAGUUUGGUGUUUGUCUGGUUAAAAACAUCUUCCUUUGUAUACCUGAGACAUCUGCUGGCUUUAAAAAAAAAAAGAAAAGUUCCUUAUGAUUUCAGGUAAAGAUCUUGUGAUUUCUGAUGUUAUAGAGAUAUUCUAGGUCUAAUUUCUAAACCUUGUUGUCCUUAUGGAAAUGGUUGUCUCAUGAAUUCUCACAGUUGUGUGUGGUUUUCUAAAUAAGUCGGCUUGUUGUAUAA